UCUAAUGGAGUACUACUUUCACAAAUCUCUGUGUCUUUUCUUUGCAUUUCUUGCUUGCUUUGUUCUCUCUUCCUCUCAAGCCUACAAGUUCUUUGUUGGUGGCAGUGAUGGCUGGGUUAAGAACCCAAAUGAUCCUUACAAUCACUGGGCUAGAAGGAAUCGAUUCCGAGUCAAUGACACUCUCUAUUUUGCGUACAAGAAGGGAGAAGAUUCGGUGUUGGUGGUGAACAAACAUGAUUACUACAACUGCAACACUAAAAGGCCAAUCAUGAAAAUGGAGGGUGGAGAUUCAGAGUUCAAGUUUGAUCGAUCUGGUCCAUUCUUUUUCAUUAGCGGUAAAAAACACCAUUGCGAGAAGGGACAAAAAAUUAUUGUUAUUGUAUUAGCAAUGAGGACUAAGCCACUUCCAAUACCACCACCACCCAAAACCCUACCACCGGUUGCUCAGCCUCCAAAAACCACCGUGGAACCUCCUUCUUCCACCGCUAUGCCACCAUCUCCUACACCACAUUCUCAAAGGGCUCCUGUGCCUUCCCCCAAUAGCUCCGGAUUCUCACCAGCACCAACACCCAAAACCCCGUCUCCGCUUGCUCAGCCGCCAUCAACCACCGUGCCAACACCGUCUCCGGUUGCCAAACCGCCAUCCCACUCAUCACCAUCUCCUGUGCCUUCCACCAAUACCCCUUCCUUUUCACCAGCUCUAGCACCAGCACCCAAAAUCCCAUCUCCUGUUGGUCUUCCGCCAUCAACCACCGUUCCGAUACCGUCUCCAAUGGCUAAACCACCAUCCUCCGGAUCACCAUCUCCGGUUCCUUCUCCUAAAAGCCCUGCAUUUCCACCAAUCACAUCCCCACCUGCAGGAUCGCCACCCACAUCAACCCCUGCUCUGUCCCCUGUUCCAGCCGGGUCUCUCACAUUGGAGCCAUCGCCUUCAAUAAUUUCACCAUCAUUGGCUCCGGUGAGCAAUCCUUCAGCAGAAUCACCUGACUCUGAGACUCCAACAAACCGUACUGAUCCAUCACCAGCCCCAGCCCCGUCGAGUUCAUUUGUUGUAACUCCUUCCAGUCUAAUGGUGUUUGCUGUUACAGCUUUGAUUAGUAGCGUCUUUGUUGGCCUUGCUUAGACUUCUAGAAUAAUUUGGUGGGGGGGUGUUUUAACGUUCUUAUUUCUGGUUUUAAUUAAAUUUAUUAUUAGGGUUAUUUUGGUUUGAAA